GGACAACCUUAUCAACAAUGAAGAGGACAUGGAAGAACUCAGCAAGAGUGGGAUUCUUAUCAACUGGCUCAACCCACAUGACACGACACAGUUCUUUAAGAUGCUAUACCAUGAUGCUUUUUUGAAAGAGUUUCAUUACCAGAAGCUUUGCUGGGAAGUGAAUGAAUAUCAGCAGAAAUUGUGGCCUAAAUGGCGAACUUUUUAUACCCACAAUUAUUUUGCGAAGCCGUGGGCCAUUGUUUCUCAGAUUGUUGCUGCUAUCCUUCUCGUCCUAGCUUUCUUGCAAACCAUUUAUUCCAUGAAGUGAUCAGUACUUGUUUUAAUACAUCAUGUUAGAGACAAACAAAAAUUGUCAUGAGUUAGUGAUAUGUAAUAUUCGUGAUAUGGGGACUCUGUACUUUCAAUGAAUCUCUUAUGAGGAA